CCACCCCCCACCAAGGUGUUCUUCGACCUGCGGAUAGGCGAGGAGGACGUGGGCCGCGUUGUCAUCGGGCUCUUUGGCAAGACAGUGCCCAAGACGGUGGAGAACUUUGUGGCAUUGGCCACUGGAGAGAAAGGAUUUGGCUUCAAGGGCAGCAAGUUCCACCGUGUGAUCAAGGACUUCAUGAUCCAGGGAGGAGACUUCACCCGUGGUGAUGGCACUGGAGGAAAAAGCAUCUAUGGGGACCGUUUCCCUGAUGAGAACUUCAAGCUGAAGCACUAUGGCCCUGGCUGGGUGAGCAUGGCCAACGCCGGCAAGGACACCAACGGUUCCCAGUUCUUCAUCACCACGGUGAAGACGCCGUGGCUGGAUGGCAAGCACGUGGUGUUUGGCAAAGUGCUGGAGGGCAUGGAUGUGGUGAGGAAGGUGGAGAACACUAAGACAGACAGCCGGGACAAGCCCCUGAAGGAUGUCGCCAUCGCAGACUGCGGCACCAUCGAGGUGGAGAAACCAUUCGCCAUCGCCAAAGAGUAAUCCACCCUCCCGGCUCCGCGACACAGCGCGGGGCCCUGCGCUCUGCAAGGGAC